AUGCACCCGCCACUUCCACUCCGGCCACAAAACAAAAGUCUCAUCCCAUUGCCAACAACGUGCGGGGCAACGCUUAGUGGUUCUCAAGUCCCCAUUGUCGCCGCCACUUCCUCUUCCUCUCCAACAGUCUGUUUUCCUCUUUUCGAUCCAACCCUCCUUGUUGACGUGACGGUGGAGAAAACCAUUAUUGUUGCAGUCAUCGCCCCUCAAACCAUCAUCUCCUCAAUUGACGUCAGUUGGAUACCAGCCGCCAAUGAUGUGGAGAAGAAAAAAGAUGAUCUAUCGGACGGGCGAAUAUGGAAGAGCAACCUCAUUCUUGAUUUUUCUUUCCAAUAG